AUGGCCGGCAACCUGCCGAUCAAGAGGAUUUUCGAGGUCCCUGCGUUCACUACCCCUGACGGCACCCUCCACCUCUGGCCCUGCUUCCACCGGUCUCCGAUCUUCACCGCCGGUGGCCACGACUGGUCCAUCAGCUACUACCCCGAGAGCAUCUACAGCAGCGACAGCAUCGACCUCUGCCUCCAACUGGAGUCCGAAGGCGCCGGGGUGACGAUAUCGUCCAGCGUCGCCCUCCUCGACCCCACGCCCAGCCUGCCGCUGUUCAAGCUGGUGGAGGAAUCGCCGCCGAUGGAGCUCGAACAUGCCAUCACAAGUAGGAGCACGGUCACCCACUGGGUGCCCAAGAGCAAGCUGAGCGCGGUCCCGGUGGGUGACCGAGACAGCCUCAUCUUCGUGUGGGCCAUCACCAUCCUAACACAGACGCCGAUGCCGGUGCCAAAGCCGGAGCUGAUGCCGAUGCCGCUGCCGCUGCCGCUGCCGCUGCCGGAGCCGGAGCCGAUGAUGGCGGCGAUGCCCGAGGUCCCAGCGGAAGGCGUGGCGCCGCCGUCCCCAGUCCCAGCGACGACGACAGAUGUGGCGCCGGAAGCCAAGGUCCCGGCGGCGGACGUGACGUACUCGGUUGGGGGCCAGCUUUUCCACGCCCACAAGGUUGUACUCGCCACGCGAUCGCCGGUUUUCGAGGUGCAGCUGUUCGGGGCGCCGACGUCGACGGCGGAGGCGAGCCAAGCUCCGGCGGCGGCCGUCGAGGUCGACGACAUGCGGCCUGACGUGUUCGAGGCCCUUCUGCACUACAUCUACACGGGCACCCUGCCGGCCACGGAAGGUGAAGCUGCUGAUGACGAGGAUGCGAGCCAUCAGAUGAUGCGCCACCUGCUCGUCGCUGCGGACCGGUACGACCUGGAGGGGCUCAAGCUCCUGUGCGAGGGGGAGCUCGCCAGGACGCUCGGCGAGGGUAACGUGGCGGAGAUGCUGGCCUUCGCGGACAAUCACUACUGCAGCACGCUCAAGGACGCCUGCGUCGGGUUCAUGGUGGCCUCGCCGGCGGAGAGGAUGGAGAGGGUGGUGGCGAGCUACGGCUACCAGCGACUCCGCUUGAGGCACCCCCUGAUUUUGGUAGACGUGCUUGAGAAGUCGCUCAUGUUUCGCAAAGCGUAG